GCAUGCGUAUUCCCUCCCCACGAAUGAUUUUAAACAUCAUGCUUCCGGUAGUGAUCAUUCAGUCCAAAAUGGCGGACCUCCUGGGCUCAAUUCUGAGUUCGAUGGAAAAACCUCCCACAGUCGGCGACAAGGAGAGCCGACGAAAGGCCCGAGAACAGGCAGCAAGAAUGAAGAAGAUGCAGGAGGAUGAGAAGAAAAAGAAAGCCGAGUUCAGGAAACGGAUGGAGAAAGAGGUGUCAGAAUUCAUUCAAGACACUAAGCAACAGAAGAGGAAGUACAAUCCCAUGGGAAAGAUUGAAAGGAGCAUAUUGCAUGAUGUAGCAGAAGUCGCUGGUCUGGCAUCGUUUUCUUUCGGAGAGGAUGAGGAAAGCAGAUACGUCAUGAUUUUUAAGAAGGAGUUUGCUCCAUCAGACGACGAGCUGGAGGCUUAUCGGAAAGGAGAGGAGUGGGACCCCCAAAAAGCUGAAUACCGCCGCAGACUUAAAGAGCAGGCUGCGUUAGAAGAGGAGACCACCGGUAAGACACAGAAGAGGGCAGCGUCUCCCAGCUCCAAUUACCGUGACAAGUACAGCCAUCUGAUCGGCACCUCUUCUGCUAAGGAUGCAGCACAUACGCUAGAGGCCAACCAGGCAUAUGGCAUGGUACCUGUGGCCAACAAAAGGGACACCCGCUCCAUAGAGCAGGCCAUGAAUGAGAUUCGGGCCAAGAAACGUCAGAAGACAGGAGAUGAAGACACCGGGGCAGGGAGCACCUCCACCUCUUGAGAGGGCUUUUGCGCAUGUGUGUGUGUGUGUGUGUGUGUGUGUGUAAAAGAGAGAAAACAGCAGUUAGUCUGAGUGUAAAAGUGAGACAACGUAUGAGGGGCACAGAGGGAGUACCUCAAAUCUGUAUUAACCUACAGGAGGCCUACUACAUUGAAAGAUCCUACAUGUUUCCCAGGACAUAUACAGUAGGUGAAACUUGUGGGUAUGUAAGGAAGGUUCUUGAAUUAUGUUUCUCCUCUGUCCUUGACUCGGGUUGACUGUUUUUAUGUUCCAACCAAAUUGGUCGUGUGGAAGUCUGAUUAAGGGCAUUUUGUCUAUUGGCUUUCUUUCUGUCUACCCCAAAGUCCUGUAAUUUCUCCCACACAAAGUCAUCCUUUUUCUCAGUGAACGUAAAGAGGAGAGUAGCACAACCAUGAGGGGCAACAGUAGGUUGCCGGUAGAUUCGCAUUUGUCUGUUUUCACCUUUACGAGGAAAAUAAUUCCUAUUGUGACAUAUCGUGGCAGUUAGGAGUUACAGGAUAUGUUUUUAUUCUAUUUGUUUUUAGCUACAUUGUGGGCUCUAUUCAGUCUCAUCGCUGAAGCGUUACAGAUUACCUGAUAGAAAGGUCAUUUCAGAUUGAGCUGACAUAUGCAGCGUUUACUGUGAAUGCAGUCUCUGCUAAAUGUCAGUCACGCUGUACCCACUUGGACACACACUGGUUGAACCAAUGUCUUUUCCACGUCAUUUCAAUGAAAUUACGUUGAACCAAUGUGGAAUAGAUGUUGAAUUGGCGGCUGUGCCCAGAGGGUAACACUGAACUUCUGCAGUACGGCUUGAAUAGAGCCCUAAGUCUUUGUUCUCAGGCCCAUAUAGUGUUUCCAUCCCACAAAUGAAAAGUGAAUGGAGGCUGAAGAUAUCAUUUGAGAAUGAAACCACUGCAGUUUGUAGGCCUACAUGGUAGAUAUACUAGCAAACAUCAAGUUGAUGAUGAUUACAUUUCUGGGGUCAUAUUCAUGGGGAAGUGUCUCAUUUAGAGACGCAAAGCACUGUUUGAAUCUCACUGUCUAUAAAUCAUUGUUACCUUCAGCAAAUGUAAUACAGCUCUGCUCCGUUGUGUAGUCUGGUCAAACUGAAUCAGUCACAUUUUUAAAUGAGGAUUGAAAUAAGUGUCCUAUGCUAUGUGGACAAUGCUGUGUUGUCAAUGUUUUAUUCUAUGCGCUCUUUCACUUGCUCAGUGUGUAAAGAUGUUGGCAUGAUGGCAUCUAGCUGUAACCAUUUUAAUCCCUUUGUUUCCUGUAUGUUUUAAUAAAUUGGGAGAAAUGUUGAUUUAA